GUGUGUGUGUGUGUGUGUGUGUGUGUGUGUGUGUCGCUCUCUGUCUCGCCCUCUAUUCUGCCUCUAUUGUCAAUAAAUACAUUUUUCUCUAUAAAAACAGCGAAACGAUACUCAUACGAAUCAUUUAAUAUCAUGAGUAACGUCCCUUCCGUUAGUUAGUAACACAGAAUUCUACACUUAGUGUAGAAUUCUGUGGUUAGUAAGCAAGUUAUAAGGCAAGGGAGAUAAAAAUGAUAUUCUAAUCUCUCAAAUCCUCUUACUCAACACGAGAGAAAUACGAAAGGAGGCAGGCAAGCUGUUGUGAACGAAUUGUUGGCCCUUGUUGUAGUCUCACUAGUGAACUCGCAGUGAACGAACUGUCCUACCUCUAGCCUGGCCAGUGACCUGUUUCUACUUUCUACUGUUUCAUCAUCACUCUCUGUUAGCAGUUCCGACAGGACUGUUUUGUUUCGUGUGGUUCCUCGUGGUAGCCUUGGUGCAAUGGCACUCCAGAAGAUGUUACUCGUGAAAAAUCUGUCAAAUAUUGCAGGAAAGGAGUUUCUGAGGGGGAAUAGCUCAAGAAACAGUCUCUAUCGUCUUAGUUUUACGUGUAGAUCUCUUGAUGGAAUUAGUUCUCACACAGUGUUCAAAUCGACGCUCCCGAACUAUGAGGAAGCUCCCAGUUCCAGUGAACAAACUGGCCCUACGGGCAGGGAGUGGAAAAGCCUUACGGGGAAUCACGAGCAUCCAGAAUUAGACCUUUCCUUUGGAUGCGGAAAAGAGGCUUACAAAAGUAAGAAGACUUCAGAGGUGCUCCGAGCGUUGCUUGUUUUCAACUUGUGCUCUUUGGAUUUUCUUGUCAACAACCAGAAAAGGUUGCUGCAGAUGUCUCGCAAACUCAUGGGUCCUCGUCUGUUUUCUGCCAUGAUGAGGCAGACAUUCUACGGUCAUUUUGUGGCUGGGGCCGACCAGGAGGAGAUCAAGCCUGUAGCCUCCAGGAUCAAACAGUUUGGGGUCAAGUCAAUUCUGGACUACAGUGCUGAGGAAGACAUCAGUAGCGAGGCAGCUGUUGAGGCUGAGAUGGAAGGUUGUGUACCGCAGCAAAAUGAGCUGGAGAAUCCAGUGGCAACCUUUGCUGAAAGCAAUAAAACAAUUGAGGGCCAGGAAGAUGCGGCGGCGGCCUCCCAGUAUCGAGCCCAUGAGGAGUUUGGUGACCGGCGCGAGAAGGUGACCAGUGCAAGAACCUACUUCUACGAGAGCGAGGCUCAGUGUGACAAGAACAUGCAGAUCUUCCUCAACUGUAUAGAUGCUGUCUCACACGCCACUGAGAAGUCAGGGUUUGCAGCCAUCAAGCUGACAGCUUUGGGCAAGCCGCAACUUUUGCUCCAGAUGUCGGAGGUACUGAUGACAGCCAAGAAUUUCUUUGCUAUGCUUCACAAGACUCAGGGAGAGAUCGACACCGGUGAGCUUCGGUUUGGCCUUGAGGACUUCGACUCUCGCCUCAGGGAGAUCGGCGUACAGCUCCAGGAGGGGAAGAAGAGGACAUGGGUGUCAGUGAAGGACAUCUCCGCCGACGGGUGUGAGGUGGACCUGCUGGACUGGAGCAACCUUCUGGAAAUCAACCGAUCUCUCUCCAAGCUCCUUGUCGUGCCAAACUUCAAGACGGGCAAACUUCAACCCCUCGUAGAGGCAAUGACAGAGGAGGAGGAGGACCAGAUGAAGAACAUGCUGAGGAGAGUCAACAAGCUCGCUAAGUAUGCCCAAGAGAAGGAGGUCCGCGUGAUGAUUGACGCAGAGCAGAGUUACUUCCAGCCUGCCAUCCGCCGUCUGACCAUGGAGAUGAUGAGAAAGUUCAACAAAGAAAGAAGUGUCAUCUUCAACACCUACCAGUGUUACACCAAGGAAGCUUACAAUGACAUCCUGGUGGACAUGGACCUAGCGAGGAGAGAAGACUUUUACUUUGGAGCGAAACUUGUGCGUGGUGCAUACAUGGAACAGGAACGUGAGCGUGCUGCCAGUUUGGGCUAUGAGGACCCGAUCAACCCAAGCUAUGAGGCCACUACAGAAAUGAUGCACCGCGUGGUGGAGGAAGUGAUGCGGCAGAUCCACAUGAGGCCUGUGGGACGAAUGGCUGUCAUGAUAGCCAGCCAUAAUGAAGACACCGUCCGCUACACUAUACAGAAAAUGAAGGAGUAUGGCAUCGGACCAAAUGACCGUCUGAUUUGCUUCGGUCAGCUGUUUGGAAUGUGUGACCAGAUCAGCUUCCCUCUAGGUCAGGCCGGCUACUCUGUGUACAAAUACGUCCCGUUCGGCCCAGUGGAGGAAGUGCUGCCGUACCUGUCCCGCCGGGCUAUGGAGAACCGGGGAGUGCUGCUCAAGGUGAAAAAGGAAAGGCGGCUGCUGCGCCAGGAACUGUUUCGCAGAAUCGGCCGCGGUCAGAUCUUCUACAAGCCUGUAACUUCAGAGGCUGUGGCGGCAAAAUGACCAGUGAGGAGGGAGAGACAAGUGACCAACGUUCGGGCCUGAAGGAUUCUGCGGAUGGUCUCGCUGUGUUGGAGGAAUCUCAACAGUCGACAGCAGUUGUUACAAUGAAGUGACGAGUGGCAAAUGAUACAGGGAUCUGUGUUCAGGUUGUUGGUGUUACGUUGGGUCUGUGUAGCUGUAACACUGGGAUUGUGUGGGCUGCACAGGUGGCAUGUCACACCUGCACUGAGGCGUGGAAGUUUACUUGAAAUACAAUCGUGGAAACAUUCUGGGCCCUCUCAUACAGGGCAGAGGCCUUCAAAGCUUUCAUUAUAUUGGUGUGAUUGGUUUUUGAAGGGAAUGUAGGCCUGAGGUGUACAACAUAUCAUGUACAUUAUAACAUGAAGGUUUAUAUAAGCUUCUCGUCACUUUAGUUUGAGCUUCUGCCUAGAAGCCUUGAUGUUGUAGAGCCGCUGUCGUAUCAUCAGGGCAGCUAGUGGGGGAAAAUUUGUGUCACUUGUCCAUGUACUUCAUUACUCAAGUUGAUCUGUUUGUUAUUUUAUUCCCGUCGGCAAGCUGUUUGAAUGUACCAAGUCCGGGACGCUACAUUUUUCAGAAGAGAUAAAAAGUCUGUUUUAUUCUUGUAAGACUGUAUCGACAAAAUGUAUUUUUUAUGGGUUUUGUUUUUUUCACUAUUUAGUGUUUGAAUUUCGACAAAAUGUUUCAUGAGCUCAUGCAAAUGAUACCACUGAUUAAAAGAUAGCAGUAAAAAAAAAAGAAGCAAAUUUUUGGGCUUAGUACAUCUGAACAGCUGGCUGACGAUGUGUUCCUGCACUUCAUUACACUACAGUACCCAAAUCGCUCAGUACGUUACUUAAAUUGUGCAUAGUCUCAGUGCUCAGAAAAGUUUAUAUGACUUUAUAGGCUUGUGUACUUCAUUACUCAAGUUGCUCGGUUUGUUACUUUAGUUUUGCUUUGACUCAAUUUUGUUCACCAAGUGGGACUCGAUGUUGAUGUCUUUGACUAAGGCUGUGAAAUGUUUUUAUGAAGCCAUCACCUGUGUUUUGUGUCAUAUAUCCAAGAAUCACAGCUCUCUGGUACUGUACCGCCGUAGCGCAAGGAAAGCCAUAUCUGUUAUACUAUACUUUUAUACCUGUGCAACUGUAAUGAACCAGUUAAGACUUGAUGCCAUAAAAAUUCUGAAAGAAAAAAACAGUUGAUUGUGACAUUUUUAUGGGGUGGUCACUGGUGGUGAAUUUCUGGGUGUGUUUGCUCGUUGUGUCCCAUAUCAUGGUGUCUGACCUACCAUGGCUAGCUUCCAUCUCAGAUGUUUGUGUUUUACUUUGUUGACUUUAGAUGGAUUUUUAGAAGCGUAGUGAAAGAACUUGGCAUUUUUGCUAGAUGCCUGAAAUGUUUUUAAUGGUAUUAAGAAUCUCAUUUUGCUCAUGCGCAAGUUCUACUCCUGUCUUUCACCAUUUGAUAUGAAUGGGCUGAAACAUAAGUACUUGUUUGUGAGAGACGAACAUCUUGGGAGAGGGAAGAAAUCCCCUGUCUUGCAUCUUGAGGUCGCUGGUAACUGAUUUUAAUGCGAAAUGCAAAGCUCAUGCAAUAAAUAUACCUUUCAUUGCAGUUGAGAAAAUAUAAGUUGUAUCCAGUUUUAUCCUUUAAUACUUACUUUUAUAGUGGGUGACUUGAGACAAAUGUGUAUUCUAUGAUACUAUAUUCUAAUGUAUUGUAUUGUGUGUAAACAUGUUGCAGAGACAAUUUGUACCUCAAUUCUAUGCUACAAUUCUCAAAGUGGUGACUGAAAAGUCUUAUAUGCACAAAUUCAAUUGUUUGACUUUACAAAUGAUAUACCCUUUAUAUUGUUUCAAAAACAUGCACUUAUUUAAAAGGUUUUUUAAAUUUACUGGAGUCCGCUGAAACCGAAAUCUAGGGGGACCCCCGGAUUUUCUUCAGUUUAGCUGCAUUUUCGGGUUACAGAGAUUGCUCAAGUAUUGAAGAAGAAAAAAUGGAGGUUCUCUGUUCUCUUCGUUUAACUGCUUGUUUUCGGAUCAACUGUGUUUGGUUUAAGCAGACUCCGCUGGACUUGUAAAUAUUGUUAUCGCCAGAGAUGAGACGAGGUUUUUUUUGGCUUUUUUUAUCAGACAUCAUAUUAGAAGGUUAGAAAUUCUAGAACUUGUGGAAUUUACAAACUUUUCCUUUACUUUUUCAUCCUGUUGCCAUUGAGCAUCGAGGGUAGAUGCAGUUUUCUAUUUUAGACUUACUCUGUAGCUCUUUUAGUAUUUAUUAUAAAAUUGAAAUCAGUUCUAAGUUGACAUUUUGAAAUCUGGAUAUGCUUACUUGUAACAUUGUCGAAUUGUCAAUAACAUUUCAGGUUUUCUCUUGCUAGCUCUACGUUGGUUAAAUGAAUCUCCGGUCUGAAUUCUCAUGAGCACAACAGUAACUUAGGGCUUGGUUCUGGUCAUAGUUUUUGUUUUUGUUACAUGAAUCUCAACUUUGUUUGUGCACAGUGGGCCCCAGCUAUUACUAUUACUGGACUUCUGAAACCAACGCGAUAUCCCCGUUAUAGCUGAAUCCUGUUAUUGAAGGAGAUCAAGUUUGCAUGCACUGUAACAAAUGAUUAAUGGGGUCAUUUCUAUUACAUAGAUUACUCUUUAUUAAUUUAUCAGUUAUUGCUCCUUUCUUUUCCAGAGUUUUUUUUGUUUCGUUUUGUUUGUUUGUUUGUUUGCCUCAUCUUGAUCUUGCAUUUUCUUGCAUAAUUGUUCACAUGGAGGUUGACUAGACAUAAUUUGAGAUGCAUAGAUAGUAAUAAUAUUUGCAUUAACACCUAUCCAGGCUCUACAACAGAGUCUCUGUGUUUUACACUUAUUUAUAAAAUUGAAUAGUUAUCACUAUUAGGAAAGGGAACAAACAGAGAGUGGUAGAUCUAGUUCCUUGUGUGGAAUUUCCUUAUGGGUUUCCUUUGCAUGUCUCUCCACACCAUCCAAUGUUUUAUAUUAUAAAUUUGCUAAUAUCGCCUGCGAGUCGCAAGUUUGAGAGUCUUGCUGUAGUUCAUUUGGUUUUAUGAUCCUAUUGGAUGGGAAUGAUAUGCUGUACAGAAGCUGUGUAUAACUAUAACAUUGGCUAGCCUUUCAAAUGUUCUAAGCCCAGAAAGCAAAAGUUUUCAAGAGAGAAAAAAA